GGCAGGCAGGCAGGCAGGCAGGCAGGCAGGGCCCGGAUCCCCAGGAUGAGGAUGAGCACUUCGUCAGGGCUGUGGUGAUUUGUGCGUCUGAGAGGGAUGCCAAGAUCCGUUACAGCAGGGAGGAUAAUGGUUCCCAACAGUCACCUGUAGAGCUGGAACGAGCAUCCCUAUCUUCUGAACUCCCAGAUGAAAACGCAGAGCCAGGCUUUGAGGACGCUCCCGCCCCAGAUGCGGUGGGGGCUGAGGCUGCCCCGGGCAGGGGGCUGUGCCUCCCCCUCGGAUCUCGGGCUCCUCCUUGGCAUGGCCUUGGGGAACCAGGGUUUGGAGAUGUGGCCCUUGACCCAGAACGAGGAGUGUGCCGUCACCGGCUUCCUGCGCGACAAGCUGCAGUACAGGAACCGCCUUCAGUACAUGAAACACUACUUCCCCAUCAACUACAGAGUCAGCGUGCCUUAUGAGGGGGUGCUCAGAAUGGCCAACAUCACCAGGCUGAGGGCCCGAGUCAGCCAGCAGGAGCUGCGCUAUCUGUGGGUCUGGGUGAGCCUCAGUGCUACUGAGUCGGUGCAGGAAGUACUGCUUGAGGGCCACCCAUCCUGGAAGUACCUGGAGGACGUACAUACGCUGCUGCUGGAUGUGCAGCAGAGCCUCACGGUGAGCUGUGCAGAGGUGCAGGAUGUGGAGGUCGGCCCCAAGGUGGAAGCGGUAGUGUCACUCCUGAGUGCCCCGAGGCUGAGCCUGAAGCUGGUGCGACCCAAAGCCCUCCUGGACAACUGCUUCCGGGUCAUGGAACUGCUGUACUGUUCUUGCUGUAAACAGAGUUCUGUCCUAAACUGGCAGGACUGUGAGGUGCCGAGCCCUCAGCACCACAGCCCAGAGCCCUCAUCGCAGUGCGUGGCUGCCCAGCUGUACCCCCUGUCCCAGUCGCCGCCUAUCUCCCUGCCCCGCUCCCCACGGUCCAAGCCUGGAGCCCCAGCUCCGUGAAGUGCUGAGGGUGCAGGCAGAGGCCUGUUGCCCCUGGUGGCCAGUGGGGCGAUCUGUGUGGGGCAGCUCGAGGUGCUCCCGCGGUUCAGUUGAGCCGGAGACUUGUCUGGGCGGUGGUGGGGAGCCCUCUCUUGGGGGAGGAACCCUCAGGAGAGUGUUUUUCCUUUGAGGGGGGUUCGGUGCCUAAGAAGGGCCCAGUCUCCCAUUCGGUAGCUCACGUGGUCUCACCUGGAGCGGCAGGGGUCUGGGGGCACCUGAAGGUGCGCAGAGCUCUCUACGCCUUCCUGCGCCGCCCGGAGGUGGUGCUGAGCUGCGUGUCUCGGGUGGCCGCAGAGGCAAGACUGUGCCGGGUGGGCGGGGGCGAGACGGGAGAGGGCAGCGCCACACACCACAUCUUGCCACAGUGGAUGCUCUUCCAGUUUCUAUUUUCUAUUAAACACUUGCUUGGUUUGGUU